AUGGCUUUUCUUGGUUAUGGCGCUUUAGCCGCACUCGGUGGAGCUAUAGUCUACGCUAAUCUACCUACUCGUCUAACAAUCGGAGCUGUGGCUCCUGCAGCUUCUUAUUUAGCUCAAGCUAAAUUAUUCCCGAUUAAGGAUGAUACUGCAGUUGAAGAAAACAAAGAGUUUGAAGCAAGCCAGUUAUUCAAAGGCGGACCAACUAUGGUAAUGGCUGUCAGAAGACCUGGAUGUUUGUUGUGUCGUAGAGAAGCAGCACGAUUAAGCGAUCUUCUCCCUGAAAUGAAAAAUGCGGGCAUCGAAUUAGUUGGCGUUGUACAUGAAACUAAAGGUGUCAAAGAUUUCCAACCAUAUUUCAAAGGAAACAUUUAUUUUGACAGCGAAAAACGCUUUUAUGGUCCCAAUCAGCGUUGGAUGCCUUUGUGGAUGGGCUUCCUACGCGUUGGUACUUAUAUGAACGUGUAUAAAAGCAAAAAAGAAGGAUUUGAGGGAAACACCGCCGGAGAAGGGCGUCUUCUUGGAGGUGUCUAUUUAAUCGCGAAUAAUGAGAUUGUUUGGCAUCAUUUGGAGAAAGAAUGGGGAGACGCUGCCAAUAUUGAAGAAGUUCGCGAGGCUAUUCGAAAAUUCAAAUAA